AUACGGUUGUGUCUGGGAAAGGUCCUUAGCACGAAGAGAAACUAGACGCUAGCCCGGCGAUACACACACGCACCAGCGCCCAGCAUUCACCAACCCACCGGCCUCAGCUCCUCAUGGACAGCGAGGAGACAGAACUACAACUCCCGGCAUGCCCCAGGAGCGCGUCACCAUUCAAAACGUGUCCAGCUUUAUUGCACAAUGCGCACUCACACGUAGCAGUUGUUAGAGCUGUUUGUAUCAUGUGAUAGAUGCCGUCCCCAUAGCAACCAGAGCAGCUGAGGGGAGAGCCCGGCUCUGUCUUCUGCACAGCCCAUUACAAAGCAAUUAGAAAUCUGACAGCGUUUUCACUCUGCAUUGCUGAUCAUCUAAAGUGAUGAGAAAUGAGAGUACAUCAGUGUGUAAUUAUAAAAUCGCAAGGACAAAAUGUAGAACAGUAAAGAUCAAGAACAUACCUUUUGCAGAUGUUUUUUCUGCUUAGUUAGGUAUGCAGCAAAAAAACGUAACAUUAAAGCAGAAGAAGUUGGAUUACUGCUGCAUCUAGAUACGUUGCAACAUCAUGACAUUAUAGUGCGCUUGCACUGAUAGGCUACAGCAUCUCAGGGGCUCUGUGACGUAGUCCCAAGCAAGGAGCACGGACCAAAAGGCAAGACAAUGGCUGGCCACAAAGAGCUGCUAAGUGCUUUCUCGGUUGGGAGGCGAUUGUCUGCCCAUUCUCUACACAGCACUUACAUCUCAUCAACCGCACGGUCACAGCCAAGUAGCCUGGAAGAUCGCAUUGUUGGAGAGUACCUGGACAAGCUUGAAAGACCCAUGACAGCACACCAGUUUUUACCCCGAGAUUAUAAAACCCCAUAUGCCAAGAGUUCAGCCAGACGUUGCAAAUACGGUGAUGCACCUACGUUUGGCCCAGCCUCUCCUCACUCUGUGCGUGUAUCAGGAAGGUCAACACCUCAAGAUUGUUCCUCACUUCAGAAAGCAUCAGUUCAGCGCAGUAACGUGGUUUCACAUGUCAACCUCAAGAAGUCAGACAUCAGUGACGACUCCUGCUUCUCAUCACAAUCCAAGAGAAACAGGCCCGUCAGCGCUCCUCAGGGGCAUCUUAGGUGUUCAGCGAGAAAGCAUCACUUAUACUCUGGCAGGGGAAGAGCAGUGCCUGUGUAUAAACGGCAGCCCUGGGUUAUUAGAGCCACAGCUUACAAAAAUGGAAGCCACACUAUGCCCGCUACAGUGUCUGCACCCACAAUCCCACUGCUGCUGGAGAGAUGUACUAUGAAGCUGAAACUAAACAUGGCUGCACGGCGCGUAUUUCUGCCAGACGGUACCGAGGCUUAUGAACCUAAAGACAUACCCCACGAUGCUGAUAUUUAUAUCUCCACCGGAGAGCCUUUCACAGAUCCUCUGAAAAAUAUUAAAGACAAGGCGUGUUUACCCAGUAAAUUAACCUGGACUAUGAAUGGCCUAAGUCUUCCUCAUGAUUGGAAGACUGGAAAUACUAAGCCUGCUGUAUUCAGACUUGUCCAAAAACAUCCUACAAAUGCUAUGGGGAGAAUUCUGGUGUUUGUAAACGGCAACGGGCAAGAUGGUCACGUGAUCACUGCAACAUUGGAUCAAAUGGAAGAGUUUCUAGAUCUCUGUACUUCCAAAGUGAGCCUGGGCUCUUCUGCAAAGUGGGUGUUAAACAUUAAUGGAGAGAAAGUGGAAGAUCUACGAAAUAUCCCUCUGCUUGACAAAUGCUUGCAAAACUCCAUCACUUAUUUGCGAGGACCUGUGUGGCUCUCUAAGGGAGAAGGCUUCAGCCCUACUGGAGCUAAGGUUUAUAUCCAAGGUGUAUUGUCGGCCCUGCGUCAGCAGUUGAAAUCUUCAAAGAAUUACUGUCACCAGCUCCAGCAUUACAUGAAUGGUCAGACAGAUGAAAUCAGCAGAAAGGAAAUAUUUUCCAUGACAGAGGACGAACUUUAUACGGCACAUGAAGAGGUGAAUGAGCUGAUUGAUGAAUUGAAAACGGCUAUCAAAGAGCACCAAGGUCAAUUCUCUAAGCUCUCCCCACAAUUACAGGCUGAGCAAGAGCAAUGCGCGUCCUACGUCUACCAGCACAUUAAACCACCCCCGGCCAGCCUCGUCCUUCCGCCAAGUCUGCAAUUAAAGGUUUUUGAGAAUGGCAGAGACUUUGGUGGAACCCUUAUUCACAUCAGCAGUAAAGGGUUGGAGAAAUGUAGAAGCACUAACUCCAAACAUCCGCUUCUGGAGCUCCUUGGAAUUAUUGAAGAGAAGCUCCAGCACUCCAGUGAAUUUGGAGUUUUAGGCUUGAGACUGUCUCGACUCUUCGAUGAAAAUGGGCAAGAAAUUAAGAAGCCACAGUCAUUGCAGAAUGAGCAGAAAGUCUGGGUUUCUUUCGGGGAAGAUUACAGGCCCCCAGCUGACAAUAUUCUGAUUUUGAGCUUUGAAAAAGUCAUUUGUACAGAAGAAGGUGGGCGCAAAGUCAUUCAUAAAGCCUUGUUGGACCCUGAUGUGUCUCUUCCUGGAUAUGGAAGCUGGCAUCUAUGCCCAGGAUUCCCGGACAAUGUGGCCACUACAUAUCACCAGUCUCUCCAUGUACCAGAAUGUGUGGAUGCGGACGCUCUAUUUCUUCAAUCGAAGGUGGACCUACAGAUGGUCUUACAUCCAUCAGUAAUGACCGAGAAGAGAAGCAGAGCUCCAGUACAGGCAGGAAAGAAGGGACAAAAUGAUCAAAGUAUGUCAGCGCUGCUUUCAAGUAAUGUUUGGCAGAUCACAAAGGCGGGUAUGAUCCUGAGUAAAGUCAUGCCACAGGUCUGCCUGGCAGUUGGACGGCCCGUUUUACUAAGUUCUCGAGACGGGUCUUUGUUGCACGGUUAUAGACUGACACUCCAAAAAAGGGGGAGCGAUAACGGCGGACAAAUAUGGGGCUUUGGAAACAAGGGCUCAAUCUUUCCUAAGGCGUACCCAGAAUUCGUCCUGACCUACCUAGAGGAGCUAAGUGUAAGAGAAGUGGUAAGCCAGGCAGGAGAUCAUGACAUACAGCGUCACGUCUGGUCCCCAGCGCAUCUGAAUACUGACACAGUGUCACCAGCAGAGCAUGUUUCCCAACCACUGGCCGCCCAGCCGCUGCCUGCAGGUUACCCAGGGGAACUGCAGCAGCUGACAGUGGCAUUGCUGAGGAAUCUAGAAGAGAAACACCGCAAGGCAUCAGCUCAAAGAUGGGCCAUAAAACACGACGGAUUAUCAAAAUCCCGGCAAUGGAAACAUUCAAAAGUGGAUAAUCCUCUAUGGAACAAACUGACAUACUUGUGGCCUGUUCUGCCUAAUGGAGAAAUCAACGAGGACUUUGACUGGCCUAUUCAGGGAUCACUUAUUGCAAACAGCCCGCCUUUGGAGAAACCUGUAUAUGACCAUCCAAACACCCACACACCCGUCAGACUGAAGGUUUUAAGAAAUGGAGACAGUGACCAGAGCAGGGCGUGUCUGAUCGUGGGACCAAACUUAUCAAACGUGCUGAGAAAACAGCCAUCCGAAAAGAAACAAAUCACACAGCUGACAAAACGGAGCAACACGAAAGAGGACAAUUCUCUAAAAGUUGAUGAGAUUGAAUUGCAGCAGUUUUUAGAAAGGUGUACGCAGCUAAUGAACCUACCUUCCGCGGCCCGCAGGCUAUUUACUGAAAGCGGCACUGAGAUUUUUCGUUUGAGCGAUGCUGAAAGAGAUCAGCAGGUGUAUGUGUCUUGUGGAGAACAGUGGAUUAAUCCUCAAUUGUCGGCCGCGGAGCACAAGAGACAUAUUCUAUUGAGCAGCCUUUCCUCUGAUGUAUCACUUAUUCACAACUACUGUGCCUUACAGAACUCAGAAAAUCUAGUCCUGGAAGUAAAUGGUAACAUUGUUGCUGGAGCCAAACUGUUAGUAAGUGACUGCGUUGUAGAAGCAUCCCGGGAAGAUAUUGGUACUGAGGAGGACAAGGCCGAAUCUGUUGUAGAGGAAAAUGAUUUUGAGGAAUUUGUGAAUGCUCACACAAGGACUCACAGAAGAGUUGAUGCCUUGUACACCGGUGUGAAAUAUCCCUGGCAGCAACCAACCCCAGAUAAUGAGACAUACAUCAGUGUUGGGGUGGAGGAGAACCCUGAGCAUAAAGACCUAAGCAGUUCCGGGUAUCCUAAGAAAUGGCGACAGAUUCACCGGCAACAGUUUGAAUUUGUAGAUGGACAACUAAUAAAUUCUGCACUUCCCGAUCUGGUGUUAGGAGUGGAGGAAAUGUAUGCAGGAGCUGACGUUCUUCUGGUGCAUCGUAACUGUGAUGAUCUCAGUCAGCUCUGGACGUACAUAGAAGACAGCAGGACCUUUCAUUUGGCUAGUAAUACAGACCUAGUUCUGGCCAUCUCAUUGCCGAAAGUGUAUGUCGGGCCAAAAGAGACAGACAUGAAGAUAACAGGAUGUCCUGUUAUUCUCCAGAAAUAUGAGGAGCACAUUAAUGGAGCAGCCAAUCAGAAAUGGGGUUACAUUGACAGUAAGAAAGUCAUGAGUGCAUUUUACAGUGACGAGCUAGACAAGGAAAUCACAGCAGCCAAUCACACUUCAGUAUGUACGUUCACUGUCACCAAUGCGGAGGAGAUAAGCCAACCGGGCUAUAUUUUACUGUCUCCAACACACAACAAAGGACUGGUGACUUGUGUGUCUUGUGCAAGAACCCUGAGGCCAGGGAGAGAGAUGAGGAAAGUCACAGCCGGUACCCUGUUCUCCUGCGCCUCAGGACGGAAAGAGUCAAACCUCAGCCCCUUAGGACCAUUCAAAUGUCUCCAUGUCAGCAAGACCGACCUGUCAAAGUCUGAAGCACAGAACACCCUAAAUUACUUAAAAGAAGUUCUGUCUGCCAUGAGGUCCCAACUCCUUGGCCAGACCAUUGCGCAAGACGUAUCCACGGCAGGAAGGCAACGGGCUGUCAGAAUAAAGGCCUACAGAAAUGGCUGCAGCUUCCAGAAUGGGAGAGUCAUCAUUGGUGGAUCAUUUCCAGAGCUGUUGGCCAUGUGUACAAAAGAACUGGACCUCCCUCGGCCGGCCUGCAGACUCUAUACAGAUGAUGGGACAGCGAUUCUGAAAUUGUCCAGCCUGAUUGCUUGGGCCGUCAGGGAUUUUUUUAAGCAAAACAAGGAGUACAUCAGGAAAGAGGAAAAUGACACAGCAAACGUCACCGACAGUCAGAAAGACGUGCAGACCUUGAAUGAGACGCCAGUAACAACGCCGUCUCAUUCAGAAGACCUCACUGUGGAUGAGUAUUUGCUUUGCUAUAUUCUGCGGCAUCCUAUUGAAGUCUGGGUGUCCUGCGGGGAACCGUUCCUGCUGCUGAAAGCUAUGGAGAGAUCAGAGAAGCAGAAGAAGAUGCGCUGGUUACAGAAGAGGAAUAUUCUGUCCGGCCGCAAUCUGAUGAAACACAAAAUCAGACAAUUACAAGGUCGCCGUGUAAAAUCUCUGGCUCCUCCCAGCAUGGUCCCCACCAGGAGUCCUGCACAGCCGGUGCUAGUAGAAGGGGGAUGGACUGAGGUCACCAAUGAAGAACUGAAGUUGCGAGAAGAAAUCGAGAGCGUGGAGAUGCACCUGUCCGAUAUGCAGGUUCCCCAGUCAAAGAUAUAUCCUGUGGUUGCAAACAGCAAGAAAGCACUUUACAACUUUCCAGCAAUGAAACGGGUAUUGGCCUACAUCAACGGGGGCAACGUAGAUCAUGCAGUGUAUGCUUGGGGCAAAUCCUUGGAGGAGUUACUGGAGGAUUGCACAUUAAAGUUAAGCAUGCAGCACCAACCGGCUGAGAGACUGUAUACCGUAACUGGUGAGCAAGUGGCAUCCUGGGACAACGUCACAAAGGACAUUCUCUUAUGUGUAUCGGCGGGGGAGCCAUUUAUAACCAAAAAAGCCAGCAGAGAGAAGAUAAAAGUCAAGGCAGACUAUGCAAGAAUCAGGAAGAAGUACGGACCUGGCGCAACUGAUGUCAUCAUAUCUACACCCAGCGGCCACUGUGAGAGUGACAGCGGGCACAAGUCACUACACCAGCGCCUCAGUACAGCACGGAGCUCUGACAGUGGAUAGGAAUGAUGAUGGCGUCGCCUUUUCCUGCCUACAAGGACUUGUAAUCGCCUGACUCUAGCACUUGUGGUACAGGGAAUCCAUGAUAAAUUAUGUCUGAACAUAUAUAUAUAUAUAGUCGAAAAGAGAAACGGGGGCGCUCAGAUAUCACGGUGCACUACCACUAAUAAAUAGUGAAGAUAUGAAAUCAAGUGUAUAAAAUAAGUGACACUUCCUCUAAUAUAAGAGUGGCUGCAACCUUAAGCAAUAAAUAUGUGCUUGGAAAACACAUAAAUAAAAUUUUUAGAAAGUGAAGAAAAGGGCGCCUACCAGUGUCUAAUAAAAUUAUAGAACUGAUGUGAUUGAGAACAGGAGACUACUUAUCUGUCAUAAAUAGACUUUUGCUUCAGUCAUAGGACCAGUACAGGUACAUGAAAAAAGAAGAACAAAAUAACAUAGCGCGUACUGUUUUCACGCAAUCACAAUCUACAGAUCAUAUAAACAAAUUGUGUGUUAAAAAACUUUCUGGGUAAAGGUAAAUCCCAUAAAUUUAAAAUCCACAGCCAGGGACUUUGUAUCGAAAGUUUUUCACCAUAAAACACACAUAAAACAAAGGUAGAAGUACAAAAUAUAUAGUUUUCAAUCUAUAGAUAAAAUGGACCAAUUAUGUGUUUAAAAACUUUCUGGGUAUAUGCAAGUCCCAAAAAUUUAAAAUCCACAGCCAGGGAUUUUUUUAAAAGUUUUUUCACAAAAUUUAAUAAAACACAUACAACAUGAAAGGUAGAAGUAAUGCGAGCGUACAAGAUAAAAUUGAAUAACAAGCUUAUCUGUCCAUAUUAGGACUGGGAUACAUCAGAUCUUUCGUAAGCAUCCAAGAUAAAUAGUAAAAUUUCAAACGUACAAAAGUUAAAUAUUAAAACAGCUUAUCUGCCCAUAAGGGAAGUUCAGGUGCAUCAGUCCCAACGCGUUUCGUCCUUAAUUAGACUUCAUCAUGGGGAUAAGGUCAGUAAGCAUAGAAGCUCUAUUUAUACCUGAAGAGAGAGUGAGAACCCAGCACAUGGCCAGGUAACUGAUGACAUCACUUCCUGUUAGGUGAUGUCGUAUUUUGACAAUGGGAGACAAUGUAAUUAAACUUUCAUGCAUGGUGGCUGCAUGUUGUAUAUAUAGAGGGCACAAAACGGGUGGUGAGCAGGGAAAUUAUAAAGUAAAACGAAGCUUAAAAGCUUCGUGUGGCGCUGUGUAGCGCGGUGGAACGCACGCUGGAACGCACAGCUAGUUCCUGGCGUGGUCCGCCGCGCGUCACUUCCGGUUUUGCGGAAGAUACUUCCGCCGGCCGGUGGAACGCACUGUGGAACGCAUCGUCAUCUCCAUGACGAUGCGCUCUGCACAGCGGAGCUUGUCAGCAGUGAAUCAACUGCUGCUUCAGUAUUCAGUGUAAACAAGAGGGGGCAGUGACGAGGGAUGGCAAUAGGCAGACUAUAUAAGUACAUGUGUAUACAGAAACAUAUCCGGAUUAGAGAUUGAGACAGAUGAGAAUAAAAAAUAUAUGAAUAUAUGAAAUAGUAAUAUUAAUAUUAAUUAAAAUUAAAAUAAAAAUAAAAAUAAAUAUAAAAAUAAAUAUAAAAAAAGAGAAAAUGAAAAUAAAAAUAAAAAUAAAAAUAUAAAAAUAAAAAUAAAAAUAGUAAAAUGAAAAUACAUAUGAAAUAAAAUAUAUCAACAUAAGAUACAAAAAUAUAUAUAUACAUAUAUAAAAAAGACGUAUGUAUAUAUAAAAAUAGUGAUAUAGUUCUUUCUCCAUAUAUAGAGGUAUGUCCCAUCUUAGUAAGUUUUCAUCAUAAAGUCCGUAGUGGUUCACACGUAGUGCUCGUGAAAUUAAAAGCGUCCAAAAUAAAGCUGGAUAGAGCCGGUUUUCGCCAAUAGGCUGGAAUAUUAAAAGGAUAAACAUUUAUAUUACACGAUGGCUAGGGAUGAUUAGGAAUAGGUGUAGUGUAACAUACAGAGAUAUAAGAUGUGCAAAUGAGUUGCAGGUGAUUAGAUUGACUCAAGGUCAUAAUGAAGGAAAGUGCAAUAAUAAAGUGCAAUUGUGGUCAUAAAAGUAUAGGUGAUGAGUCUUUUAUAAAAAAGGGGCGAUUUCAAAUGCUUCAUUGAAGCCCAGCGGUGCCAUAGUUUGCAGUUCAAAGAUCCAGAACAUCUCUCUUUUCGAUAAUUUAUUCAAUAUAUCUCCUCCUCUUUCUCCUAAUUUGAUUUGCUCGAUGGCUUUAAAUGUCAGAUCUUCGGGAUUGGAUUUGUGUUUUUCCUUAAAAUGUUUGGAAACGACGUGGUUCUCAACUUUAUUUUUUAUAUUUCGGACAUGUUCCUGUAGUCGAAUUUUGAGUGGUCUUUUCGUUUUGCCCACAUAUUUUAGGCCACAUGUACAUUCUAAAAGAUAUAUGACCAUGGUUGAGUUACAGUUCAUAAAGUCUUUGAUUAAAUAUUCUUUCGAGUUGUUAUGAUUGGAGAAGUGUCUCCUAACCGGAUGUACAAACUUGCACAUGUUGCAGUUUCCACAUUUAUAGUUUCCUUUGCACUUAGGCAUCCCGAUUUUAUUUGUAGGCUCUUCUUUUUUCAAGAGACUUGGGGCUAUGAUGUCUUUGAGACUUUUGGUCUUUCUAAAGACGAUUUUUGGACGUUCUGGAAUAAUGUCUUUGAGGACAGGGUCCAGUAGAAGGAGGUUCCAGUGUUUAUUGAACGACUUCUUUAUGGACUGUUCCUGGCAGUUGUACGUAGUGAUGAAAGUGAUGAAUUUCUCAUCAGAUUUCUCUUUAAUCGAUUUGGUCUUGACAUCAUAAACUUUCUCAAGUGCCUUCUUGAUGGUAGUUUCUGGAUAUUGUUUCUCUUUGAAUCUCUCCGCGUAGAGUUCCAGUUGUUUGGUGCACUCAUCUGGAUUGCUGCAGUUACGUCUGAUCCGGUGAAAUUGGGAGUAUGGGAUAUUGUUCUUCCAACCCUUUGCAUGACAGCUUUUAUAGUGUAGGUAACUGUUAGUGUCCACUUGUUUGAUAUAGUUGCAGGUAGUGAUUUUUUGGUUUGCACUUGAUAAGGUCAGGUCCAGAAAGUCGAUCUUCUCUUUGUCCAUAUGAUGUGUGAAUUUUAGGUUAUAGUCGUUAGUAGAUAUUAAGUUGAAGAAAGCCAGAAAGUCUUCUUCUUGGCCUUCCCAGAUUAUGAGAAUAUCAUCAAUAUAGCGUUUAUAAAGUAUCAGCUGAUCGAUACAUGGGUUGUUGGAAUGAAUAUGCUCCUCCUCCCAGCUUCCCAUGAGGAGAUUCGCGAAGCUGGGCGCAAAAAUCGUCCCCAUGGCUGUCCCACAUGUCUGGAGAAAAUAGGUGUCCUGGAAUUUAAAAUAAUUGUGACAGAGAAUGAACUUGAUGAAGUCACAAAUGGCAUCUUUAUGGAGUGUGGAGAGAUCUAAAUCCCUGUCCAGAAACCUCCGACACGCCUCAAUCCCUUUUUCGUGUACGAUGCAUGUGUAGAGGCUCUGGACAUCUAUGGUGAUCCAUAAGUAAGAAUUCUUCCACUGUACCAUUGGUAAUAUGUCCAAGACGUUCUUCGUGUCUUUGAGAUAAGACGGGAGUUUUACCACGUAUUUCUGAAGAAAGACAUCUAUGUACUCAGACAUAUGUGCUGUCAAAGAGUCAAUUCCAGCAAUAAUGGGCCUACCUGGUGGAUUAACAAGGGACUUGUGUAUCUUUGGUAGGAAGUAGAAAAUGGGUAUGACCGGGUUUGAUGUCAUUAAAUACUGGAAUUCUUCUUUUUCCAAGAUUUGAUUAUGAAGAUAUUGUACUAGUAAAACUCUCAAUUCUUCAACGAAUGUAUUUGUGGGGUCGUUAGGAAGUUUUCUGUAUGAGGUGUCGUCACUAAGGAGACGGGUAGCUUCUGUCACAUAUGCAUCUCUGUCCAUUAUUACGAGGCCUCCUCCUUUAUCCGCCUGUUUAAUGACAAUGUUUCUAUUUUCUUGUAAUCUUUUCAAUGCUUCUUUCUCAGCGUUUUUUAAAUUUGAGAAUUUGCUUUUUUUAUGUUCUUCUUCACACAAAUCUUUUUUGACUUGUUCAUAGAACACGUUGAUGUAGUUGCCUUUGGACUCUAGAGGGUAAUAUUUAGAUUUUCUUUUCAAACCGGAUUUGGUUGCUUGAGAUGGUGUGGUUUCUUUAUCUUUUCUUGCGAAAUGUCUCUUUAGUGUCAAUGCUCUGACAAACUUGUUGAGAUCAAUAAAAGUCUCAAAUUUAUUCAUCUGAUUAGUCGGUGCGAAUUUUAGUCCUUUGCCAAGUAAAGAGAUUUCUGCCGUGCUUAAGGUUUGUUUUGACAGGUUGAAUAUUCCUUUUUCCUGAGGGUCUAUUUGAGGUAUCUUUUUUUCGGGUUUUGUCCUGCCGCUGCCCCUUGUGCCUCUUCUUCUGGGUAGCUUCUUUUUGUGGGGGCUUGAGCCUUGAAUCUCUCUCUGAAGAAGGUUUUCUUGGUAGUUGCUGGGUUGUCUGUGUCCGGGUCCGGUGAUAAAAAAUCCGAGUCGCUAUUGGAGUCUAGGCGUUGUAAAGCAGAGAACCUAUUCUUCAGAGGUAGAGGUUUCAUAUACGGAGAAACUUGAUAGUUUGUAGUUCUCCAUCUUUCCUGAUUGCCUUUCUUUUGAUAUGGGGUUGUCUUCCAUCUUUUUGUCCUUCGGUCUUGAUAGACAGGGAUACGGUUAUAGUUAUUUUCUUGGAAUCUGCUCCAAUUAUUCACUUGGUUGUGCGCGUAAUCUUCUUUAUCUCUCAGGUAUUUCUUUUGCUUACCUUUGAUCACCUCUUCUUCUAUACGUUCUAUUUUCUUGGUUAGGGUAGCAUCAUUGGCUUUAAAUUCCUCCUUAUCUUGAUGUCGUACUAGUAUUAUAUAUAUAUAAUUAGUUGUAUGUUUGGUACUGUUUGAGGUCAUGGUGUACACAGUACAUGAUGGGGUGACUCCGAGAGAAAUUCAGGACUGAAAAUGAUAAUGACUAGUAAUUUAUAGGACCACAAAAAGUUAUUUAUACUCAAAAUCUAUUAAUUACAUUUAUCAAUUUACAGUGACAUACAUAGAUAGCAGAAGGCCCCUUUUGGGCACAAUUGAUCACCCACAAAUAAUAGUUUAUGUGGUGUACAAUUUACACACACAAGAAGACAUAAAUAGUACAUAUACAGCCUAUAUAUACCCUGCACACCCUCAGGGCCGGAUUAAGGGCCACAUGGGCCUGGAGCUGAACAUUUUCAAGGGCCUAUACUGAGAAGGGGAGGAGCUGUGACUAGUGUUGUGUGGGUGUGGCCAGAGCCAUAUGGGUGUGUACACCCUAUACACUAUGAGCCCUAAUGACUUCCUAAAUACAUAAACAUAGAUAAUAUGCAUCAUUUUGUGAGAAAACUAAAAAAACUAUUUUAAUACUUAUGAUUUAUGAUUGUUUCGCUAGCAUGAUGGGCCUAUUUGUAUGUGGAGGCCUGGAGCUGUAGCUCCAUCCGCCCAAUUGUUAAUCUGGCCCUGCACACCCUCCCACUGCACAUAUACAAUGCGUGCAACUGGGUGUAUACACCUACAGUAUAUCUGUCAGCAGGGAUCUGAAGCCGUUACAGCGGGGUGGACAGUCAGAGAUCCAUAGCUCACUGUUUCAGGAGUGACAUCUGGGAACAGACUGAUGAGGUUCCCCGUGAUGGGACCACUGUGACAGAGAGACCUUACUGGCACAUGGCAUACUGUGUAUCUGCCCUCACAGCGGGUGUAGCUGCCGGGAAGGGAGAAGCAUGCUAGUUGUCACAGUGUAUAGAACGCCUUGUAUCUCCAUUGGGUCAUAUUUAUGGGAUUAUUUUAGUUGAUUGGUUAUUAGCUGAGUUUAGGUUACAAACAAAGGAAGAAUUCCUCCUGGUCCCAUGUCUGCAGCAAAGCUUGUAAAAGGCACAGAUAGAGCAUCACGCUGGUAGGGGUGACCUUAGCAAUCACAUUCAAUAGUACAUCUCUGGGGCUGCGCAGAUUGUGUGACAGUAGUUACUGGAAAACUAUAAAAGAUGUUUUGUUUUCGUUCUAAUGCCCAGAAGAUAUGUGUGAAUCAAAAUGCUAUUAAAUAAAAUGCUAUAAAGUGUCA